AUGGCAAAAGCUUAUGUGAAACCCAAGGAGAUGACAGAGUUGGUCAACACACCAUCUUGGAUGGACAAAGGUCUGGCCCCUCAGAAUGAGAUAAAGGAGGAGGAGAGAAGACCGGCUGCUUAUGGAAUGCUUGGCAGCUUAGCUGAAGAUCAUGACAGUAUUGAGGAGGAAGAAGAGGAGGAAGAAGAUGGGGAGAAGCCUAAAAGAAGAGGUCCCAAGAAAAAGAAGAUGACAAAAGCUCGCCUUGAGAGAUUCAGGGCUCGAAGAGUCAAGGCUAAUGCCAGGGAACGGACCCGGAUGCACGGCCUGAACGAUGCCCUGGACAAUCUGAGGAGGGUCAUGCCGUGCUACUCUAAGACCCAAAAGCUCUCCAAGAUAGAAACUCUUAGACUGGCCAGGAACUAUAUUUGGGCUUUGUCUGAGGUCCUAGAAACUGGACAGACACCUGAAGGGAAGGGCUUUGUGGAGAUGCUCUGUAAAGGGCUCUCUCAGCCUACGAGCAACUUGGUGGCUGGGUGCCUCCAGUUGGGCUCUCAGUCCGUCCUCCUGGAAAAGCGUGAGGAGAAAUCUAUCUGUGACUCUGCCAUCUCUGUCCACAACUUCAACUAUCAAUCUCCCGGGCUCCCCAGCCCUCCUUAUGGCCAUAUGGAAACACAUCUUAUUAAUCUCAAACCCCCAGUAUUCAAGAGUUUGGGAGAGUCAUCUUUUGGGAGCCACCCGCCUGACUGCAGUACGCCACCUUAUGAGGGCCCACUUACUCCACCCCUGAGCAUCAGUGGGAACUUAUCUUUGAAGCAAGAUGGCUCCCCUGACCUGGAUAAAUCCUACAGUUUCAUGCCACAUUACCCCGCUGCAAGUCUAAGCUCAGGGCAUGUGCAUUCAACUCCUUUUCAGGCUGGCACCCCCCGCUAUGAUGUUCCCAUAGAUAUGUCCUAUGAUGCUUACCCCCACCAUAGCAUCGGGGCCCAACUCAGUACAAUCUUCACUGACUAG